CUUUUGUAUCAUUUUAACCAGGGUCAUACGAUGGUCGCUCUCUGGAUUCUGUAUUUGUCUUUGCAUUUAUUUUGCAUCGUCAACGCAUCAAGUCUGACAGAUAAUUCUCCUUACAAAUCUGCAGACCAAAUUAUAUGGGCUGAAAUAUCUUCGAACACUACGUUCUGCUGCAACCUAACAUUCAAAGAAUCAGAAGCACUGCAGUUGAGAGUGAAUGACCAACGAAUUUCUUCCUCAGUUAAAAGACCUGGCGAAGAUAUCAAAAGAUAUAUUUCUCCGUCAGCCAAAGCCUGGAACAUAAACGAAGCAGUCAAAAAUGAUAUCUGCCUGACAAAAAUCAAUAAUAAUCCUGACGAAAUAGAAAAUCCUCCCCAAAUUAUUUGUGAAAAAUCUGCAGAUUAUGGUCUGGGAGAAACUUUGGAAAAAAAGUCCAUUACUUUAAAGUUUUACGAGCAAGCCAAAAUCGUUAAAUUUCCAAAAAGUCUUAAAUUUAGAGAAGGAUCAAAUCAAGUAAUUGAAUGCAGUGCUACUGGAUUUCCUGACUUAUAUGUCGUCUGGCGCUUGAAGAAUGGUUCAAUCUUGAAACACUCUCAUCAACUUAAAUCAUCCGUUAGUAAAAACAAUACACGAUUAAUUAAUCUUCCAUUGGAAUUGUCAAACAUUCGUUCUGAUCAACAUGGUGAUGUAUAUAUUUGUGAAGCGGGCAUACAUUCUGCAGUUAAUCAAAAGCCAGUUAUUGAAGAAUUGAUGCUUGAAGUCAACUUAUAUCCGAAAAUUCAUAUGUCCGACAGUGUAAUCUACACAGAUAUUGGUGUUGAAGAAAGAUUCAAUAUUCUGGUAACAGGUUACCCAACUCCUACACUGACCUGCAAUGAUCUACCAGUUGGUGAUGCACACAUGUUAUCCAAUAAACCUCAAGGCGGAACAUGGGCAUAUCGUGUUGUAUUGAAUCAGAUUACAUCACAACAUUUACAUGAGUAUAUGUGCAAAGCAAAUAACAGUUUAGGCAGUGUAAAUCAAAAGUUAGAAGUGACUGUUGAGCCAGCACCUCCAAAAAUUUUAUCCUCGAAUUCAACAGAAUUUGCUGAUUACUAUUUAUUGCAUUGGACAACAAAUUCCCGUGCACCAUUAAAGAAUGUCACUGUUACUAUAAGUGAAAUAUCAGCGAAUACAGAAUCUAGUGCUGGUAGUUCGAUUGUUCCACGUUCACCAGUACUUCAUGAACGUGUAUUUAAUUUGGAAGAUGAUAAAAUUGAUACAACUUCUACAGUGAUUCAACAUAUACAAUCGAAUUCGACCAAUUUAAAACAUAUCUGGCAUCAUUUACCAAAUCUUAGUUCAGAUACACGUCAUGAUAUUAGCUUAAGUGUUUGCAAUACUUAUGCAUGUUCAAAAUCAUCAGCAUUAAACAGUCGAUUCGGUAGUACUCCAAGUAGAUUUACAUUUAAAACACCUGAAUUUGAUGGUUCAAAUAAAAUUAAUCCAUCUCUAUUACAACGAAGUCCAAAAGAUCUUCUAUCAUUAGAUGGUGAAGAAAUUAAAUCCCCAAGAAACGGCAACACUGUCAAUCUGAAACCAUAUCAAACAUCCAUUGUAUUGUUUAUUGUGACUUUGUUACUUAAUUAUUUUAUAUCAGAUCUAUUCUCGUAUCAUCAAAAUUGUUAAUAUAUUACCAUCUUUUUAAUUGUUCCAAUUAAACUAUUCUAAAACUACUGAUAUUCUGAUGAAUUUUUUUCCCAACCAUCGAACCCCUCGAUCCCAACCCCCAAAAUAACCCUGUUCAUUCGUUUUCUUUUACACUAUCGUUAUUGUUGUUCAUUUGAUCUGCGUGUUUUCAAUCCAUAGAAGAGAAGAAGAGCGGGAAAGAAAACUUUUUUAAGGAAAUUUUUACACUUUAGAAAUAUUCACUUUAAAUCAGGUAUAUUGUGUAGCAUUUAAAUUAUUGUCAUUAUUACUGUUCAUUUUAUGUUGUACGAAGUAAUUAGUUAUAUACCAUGCAAACAUACACACACACACUUCGUCUAUACAUCGAUACACAGAUAAACAUUGAAUUACGUUAAUACAUUUCAAAGGUUGUAUGGAUUCUCUUUUCAUCACUGUCCAAAUCAUCAUCAUCAUCAUCUCAAUGCCCAAUGUUUAAUUGAAAUGUAUAACUACUGCUUUUACUGAUCAUUUUAUUGGUUUUUAUAGUCCCCCCCCUAUGCACACACACACACUCUUUCUUGAAAUAUCUAUCAUAUGCCAGUCUUCGCUUGUCACAUUCUGUUUACACUGAGAUAUUUACGAUAGUAUUUGGUAACCUGUUUGUUGCUACCACCACCACCUAUACUUUUACGUAUAUUUGUAUGUGUAGAUUUUUUUCAAGUUCAAUUUUCAUUAUACUGCUGAUAGUGUUUAGUAAUGAUCUUUAAAGAAGUUGUUUGUACUCAAUUCUUUUAGUCUAUACAAUCAUUCAUUAUUAUCUAUUGUGGUUACAUUUUAUUUGUUACCAUAGUUCUUAUUACUAAUCUCUAUGUAAUUAUAUACAUGUACAUUACUUAUUAUAAUUCUAUGUACUAUUUGGUUUAAAAUCAAUGCUCAUCUAUUUGUGCUUAUCAUAACUAUGUGAAUGGAUUAUCUAUUCGUUGACAUGUUCAAUUUAUUCUUGAUCGUAUUGUUUCUAUGAAGCAGAAUGAUUCUGGUUGCUACCUCGUUUCUAUUCUCUUCUCUCUCCUAUUUAGUAAAAGUUUUAAAAGUGGUUUACAUAAUUGUUUUUAAUUUAAUUUAUAUAAACAGGAUGUGUGUGUGUAGGUGUGUGUUUGAGUCCGUUUUUUUAAAACUUAGUCCAAGAUUUUAUUUGUUCAAUAAAACAAUAUAUAUAUAUAUAUAU